UGAGGCAGGCGGACGCUAUCCCUUUUUAAUUUUUUUUUUUCCUUUGGACUGAUGAAGCAGUUUCCGGGCUCAAGGUAUUAGCAGUAAACAUGGCGGAGGAGUUGCCAGAGGUAGUGGUCAGACUUCAGUCUCGUCUCUUGGAGAACCCAGAGCCCCGCAAGCUACUGAAGACUCUGAGAAGACUGGGGGAGCUUCCCAUGACUGUGGACAUACUCGUGGAAACUGGAGUGGGCAAAACCGUGAAUUCUCUUAGAAAGCAUGAACUGGUUGGCGAGAUGGCAAAAAACUUGGUUGCUAAAUGGAAGAAACUGGUUCCUCAAUCAGCUGACAGACCCAGCAACAGCCAUGCCAGAGAGGCACCAAGGUCACACACACACUCCCGGGGUACAGAGGCAAACAUUGGAGGAGGCCGCAGACACACCCGGGAACCCUCACCCGAGGAGGAGCACUCUUACAUGGAGGAAGAGGAGGAGGAGGAGAUGAUGAUGGAGGAUAGAAGCUACCAUGAAACAUACUCCCUGUCGCCUCCACAGCACCAGCACUACAGCAGCCCUCCGCAUGGAGGGGGCUACCAGUCUGAGGAGUACGAGAGCCCCGAGCCCAGCCCCUCUCCCGCUCCUCUUUCUCCUCCUCGCAAAGAGGCCCGACACACCAAGCUGCACAAAGAACCCAGCAGGAACCAGCACCACGGUUCCCAGGGUGACCGGGACAGAGACGAGGAACGACGGCAACACCACGUGCAGAAGAAUAGCCAUCGAGAAGGAGGCGGAGAAGGAGGAGGUGGUGGUGGUGGUGGAAAGACACGUGUUGCAGAAAGAGAGACACAGCAAAACAGUGUGGCGCACAAGGCGGUCAAGCACAGUCGUCACUCCACCCCACAGGAGAACAGGAAGGAGAAGGAGGAGAAGAAGAAAGGAGGGAGUGAUGGGCGACCACAGGUGCCUAAGGAAUCUGCAGCUGAGGAAGAGGAGGAAGACUUUGAGGUCCCCACCAUGUCCUUUGAGUCCUUCCUCACGUACGACGCUCCGAUGCCCGUUAAGAAGAAGAAGAAGCCAAGCUCUUCAUCAUCGUCACAUAGCCGGCCAUUGCAUCCCCCCUCCUCAUCCUCCUCGUCCACCUCUUCAUCCUCCCGCCACACCCGUGUCCCUCCACCUGCGGCCUCAUCCUCUUCUUCAUCUUCCUCAUCCUCAAAGGCUGCCAAGGCCAAUGGAACCAAGAGCACCAAGAGUACUAAGAGCACCAAGAGCAACAAGAGGAGUGAGCCAUCCUCUACGUCAGCGCCAAGUGCCCCAGUGUCAGAGAAACGAAGGAGGGUGGUUGAGGCCGUCCCAACUCUCCCUGACAUCCCUCUGCCAGCGAUACAGCCCAACUACAGACCUCUGCCCUCCAUCGACCUCACACCACUGUCCCCGCAAAGACGAAAAGUUCCUUUGUCAAAUGAUGAGGAGGAUAGUGGCUUCACAGGAAAACGCUUUAACUCUAAGAUGGUGGUCUACUCAGGCGCCAAGACCUCCUACCUGCCCAAGAUGAUGACGCUGUAUGAGCAAUGCAUUCGCGUGCUGCAGAACAACAUUGACUCUAUUGACGAAGUGGGAGGAGUGCCAUUCGAGAUCCUGGAGCCAGUUCUGGAGCGAUGUACACCAGAGCAGCUCUACCGCAUUGAGCAGUGCAAUCAGUGGUUCACGGAGGAAUCGGAUGACCUGUGGAUGCGUCACUGCCAGAGGGACUUCAAGCGUGAGGUCCCGCAGGAAUACGAGUCAUGGCGGGAGAUGUACCUGAGGCUGCACGACGAGCGUGAGGAGCGCCUGCGCAUGCUCACCCAAAACAUCAGCUCCGCACACGCCAACAAACCCAAAGGGCGACAGGUAAAGAUGGCGUAUGUGAAUUCGGUUGCAAAGCCCCCACGAGACGUCCGCCGCCGACAGGAGAAGUUUGGCACCAGCGGAGCCUCUUCCACAGCCACCUCUGCUUUGGCUGGAGCUCCUAUCAAAGUAAGGCCAGCAGCCGCUUACACCUCUAGCCUUGGUAAAACCAGUCGCGCCUCCUCCUCCUCCAACAACAGCCCUCCUCACAGCUCCUCCCGCCCCCCAGCACUUGCCGGAGGAGGAGGAGGCCCCCCCGCUCGCGAAAAACCACAAGUCAAAAAGAUUGCCCCCAUGAUGGCCAAAACUAUCAAAGCAUUCAAGAACAGAUUUUCCCGCCGGUAGAGCGAGGGGAAAUGAGACUUUUUAAAGUUUCAUCUGUAGUGAAUUUCAGUUUUCAAGAACUUUGGACGAUUAAAGUGUUUUAAGUUCAGAAAAUGAAGUGGGAGACAUCUGUACAGUCACGUAGGCCAACUUUAAAACAUACAUACCCUCCACCCGAUUAAAACACAUAUCAACUGUGUUGCCUCCAAAAAUCCACUUUUUUUUUCCUUCUUAAAAUGAUAGCUUGUAUUUUCAACAUUUUUCCAAGUAUUUAUAUUGUGAAAUAUGGUCUGUGGGUGUGAGAUAUGUUUAGGUGUUAAUAAUAGUAAAAUGUCAAGAUUUUCCAGGACACCAAGGAUAUCUAUAAACCCUCACCUAGUCUAGCUUAUUAAACCCUUAUGUUCAAGCUGACGGUUACAUACACUUUUUUUUGUCUUCAUGGUAGUUUUAUGAAAUAAACCUAAACUUCCAUUUCAAAGAAAAAGAACAGUUACUUGUUACUGUCCAAAGUGACCUAGCACUACAUCAAGUUGCAUUAGGAAAACUACAAUCUUGUUGCUUUAAUGGCAUGCAAAGCACGUGGCGGCCGAGUCAUCGAGAUGCUGCCCGAGCGAGAUGCCUAGUGACUCAGCAUUUUUAGAGAACAGCUGAGACCUACCUGGACAUGUAAGCUUUUUCAUUUAACCCCUGUGGAGUUUUAAAAUUAAAAAUGUACCACAGGCAUGGCAUAGUUUUAAUUUAUUUCCCCCCCUGCAUCCAAAUCAUCCCCAUAUGCUGUGUUUACUGUUGAACAACAUGUGGACCCCUGCUUUCGUCUGCUUCACUGUGAUAACCUGAGGAAUGAGUUGACUGUCUGCGGACAGAGGACAAGAAAAAAACUCAACAAAGAAGAGAAGAAAAACAAUGAGCAAGUAAUAGGACCCCUGCAGCUUCACUCAGCUAUGACGAUGAGAGGUAUUUAUUUUCAACACUGGGACUUGGCACCCCUGAACUUGGACCCCAAAGGAAAUGGAUCAAUCAAUCAAUAGUAACUUUAUUAGAUUUUAUUAAAUGUUGUAUGGAAAUUUUUAAUAAAAUCGACUUUUUUU